UGCGGUGGCAGGUCUGGCUCCUUCCCGGCUCCCUCCGCCAGGGACAAGCAGCAGAGAGAGGGAAGCCCGCGAGGGGAGGAGCUGCGCCUCUUCCCUCCCUAGCGCAGCUGUCGGGAGAAGGUUUGAGGUUUGCUGAAGGAGCCGGAGGAGGGAGCUGAGCGGUGAGCCGAGUCUGCCUGGUGCCGACCACAGCGCUCUGGCUCUGCUCAGUCCCACCCGUCCGCGGGUCCAGGCAGUGGGGGACGCGGGCCAGGGACGCUCUGCCCUGCGGGGGAGUCAGGAGGGGGCGCCCGCUAGGGAGAGGCAGGGCUGGCCUGGUGUUUGGAGCCUGCUGAGAGAGAGAGAAGGAGAGAGGGGGCAGCUGAGAGAGAGAGAGAGAGAGAGAGAAGCUCCGGAGAGACGGCAGGAGCAGCGCAGGCUCCGACACACAGAGCAGCACCGGCUGGAGCUCCGGGAGCCUGAAGGGACCAUGGGGUCGGUCCCCGGAGCCUUCCUCCAGACGCUCCUUCUGUUAUCCGCGCAGAGCUGGGGCGCAGCCCUGGCAGGAAGCCCAUAUCACUGUGAGGAGCCCCUCGUGUCCACCCUACCCUCGUCGUCCUUCAGCAGCUCCUCCGAGCUGUCCAGCAGCCACAGUCCCAGCUUCGCCAGACUGAACCGGAGAGAUGGAGCUGGGGGCUGGACCCCACUCGUAUCAAAUAAGAACCAAUGGCUGCAGAUCGACCUUGGAGAGAGGGUGGAGGUCACGGCGGUGGCGACGCAGGGCGGGUACGGGAGCUCCGACUGGGUGACCAGCUACAUCCUGAUGUUCAGCGACAGCGGCAGGAACUGGAAGCAGUACCGGCGGGAGGACAGCAUCUCAGGCUUUCUGGGAAACGCGAAUGCAGACAGCGUGGUACAGCACAGGCUGCGGCCGCCCCUGGAGGCCCGGCACCUGCGCUUCUUGCCCGUGGCCUGGAACCCAGACAGCAGGAUUGGGAUGCGUGUGGAGGCCUACGGAUGUGCCCACAGAUCAGAAGUGAUUGAUUUUGAUGGAGAAAGUUCCCUGCUUUACCGAUUUAUUCAAAAUACCAGGAGUCCAGGAAAAGAUGUCAUUUCUUUGAAAUUUAAAACUCUGCAGAGUGAUGGGAUUCUAUUCCACAGGGAUGGGCGGAAUGGAAAUUGCGUCACCCUGGAAUUAGUGAAAGGAAAACUCAUUUUAUUCAUAAAUUCAGAGGACAAGGCUGCUGUGGCAGUAAGGAGAGUUCACAACACAGACAACGGUUUUCCAGGAAAACGAGCCUGUGACAGACUCAUGAAAGGCAACGCCACGCAACCCUCACCACCUGGCCAGGGUGGCCUGGCGCUGGGCAGCCUGCUGGACGAUGGGCACUGGCACACAGUGCGGCUGGAGUGCUCUGGCCGGGGCCUGAACCUCACGGUGGACAGGCACUCGAGACCCAUCUGGGCACCGGCGGAGCUGUGCCAUGCGGACCUGGACCCUGAGAUCAGCUUUGGAGGGAUUUUAGCGCCAGGAAAGCCAAUGGUGUUUCCAAGGAAAAACUUUCAUGGAUGCCUAGAAAACAUUAAUUUUAAUGGAGAAGAUGUCAUUGGUUUGGCCAAGCAGCAGGGACCACAGAUCCUCGUCACGGGAACCGUCGCCUUUGCCUGUGCGCACCCCCAGACCGUGCCCGCCACGUUUCUGAGCGCGCAGAGCCACUUGGCGCUGCCCGGCUCCCCGGGGGCGGACGGGGCCUCCAUCAGCUUCCAGUUUCGCACGUGGAACCGCGCGGGGCUGCUGCUGUCCUGGGGGACCCGCCCGGGCUCCGGGGGCUUCUUCCUCGCGCUCCAGGACGGGAGCCUCCACGUGGGUCCGCACGCAUCCCCGGGACAGGCGCAGAGCGGCGGCCGCACAGGUGUUGGAUUAAAUGACGGGCAAUGGCAUUCUGUCUCAGUGACGUCCACGUGGGGCCACCUGAGCGUGAUGGUGGAUGACGACGUGGCCUCCACCAUCCACACCACGGUACCUGUGGGGCUCCACCCGGACAAUGCCUACCACUUUGGAGGGUGCCCUGCUCACGGCUCUGGCUCUGACUGCAGCCGAUCACUGGGAGCACUGGGCGGAUUCCAGGGGUGUCUGCGGCUCAUCUCCAUCGACGGCCAGGAGGUGGAUCUGAUCUCGGUGCAGCAGGGCGCUGUGGGGAACUUCAGCGACCUUCUGAUUGACACCUGCGGCAUCCUGGACAGGUGUUUACCCAACUACUGCGAGCACGAGGGCACCUGCUCCCAGACCUGGACGGCCUUCCACUGUGACUGCGGCAGCACUGGGUACAUGGGCGCCACGUGCCAUCGCUCUCUCUACGAGCCCUCCUGUGAGGCCUACAAGCACCUCGGCCACGCCUCAGGAUUCUACAACAUCGACCCAGAUGGCAGCGGACCCCUGAAGCCAUUCCAGGCAUUUUGUAACAUGACAGAUGUUCCAUGGACAGUGCUGCAGCACAACGGCUCGGCCUUAACCAGGGUCAAGGGCGCGAGCCUGGAGAACCCGCACCAGGCAGUGUUCCAGUACACGGCCAGUGCAGAGCAGCUACUGGCCAGCGUAGACCGCGCCAGGCACUGCCAACAGGAGCUGGAGCUCCACUGUCGGAGGUCUCGGCUGCAGGACCCUCGAGAUGGAACGGCGCUGAGCUGGUGGGCUGGAAGAGCCAACGAGACCCACACUUACUGGGGAGGAUCUUUUCCCGGCGCCCACCAGUGUGCCUGUGGGUUAGAGAGGGACUGCCUGGAUCCUCAGUACAGCUGUAACUGUGAUGCCGACCGGGACGAAUGGACGAGCGACGUGGGCGUGCUUUCCCACCGCGAGCACCUGCCGGUCACACGGAUCGUCAUCACCGACGCGGACCGCCCGGGCUCGGAGGCAGCUUACAAGCUGGGACCACUGCAGUGCCAGGGAGACGGAUCCUUCUGGAACGCGGCGUCCUUCCACACGGGGGCCUCCUACCUGCACUUCCCCACCUUCCGUGGAGAGCUCAGCGCUGACGUGUCAUUCUUUUUCAAGACGACGGCUUCCUCUGGGGUGUUUCUGGAAAACUUGGGGAUCACGGACUUCAUCAGCCUGGAGCUGCGCUCCCCCGCAGAAGUGGCCUUUUCAUUCGACGUGGGAAACGGGCCCUGUGAGGUCACGGUGCAGUCGCCCACUCCCCUCAGUGACAACCGGUGGCACCUGGUCCGAGCCGAGAGGAACAUGAAGGAGGCAUUGCUGCAGGUGGACCUGCUGCCCCCCAGCACCCGCCAGGCCCCCGAGGAUGGGCACAGGCUCCUGCAGCUCAACAGCCAGCUCUUCGUGGGUGGCACGGCUGCGAGGCAGAGAGGCUUCCUGGGCUGCAUGCGGGCACUGCAGGUGAACGGGAGGGCCCUGGACCUGGAGGGAAGAGCCAAGGUCACGCCCGGUGUGGAGCCUGGGUGCCCUGGGCACUGCAGCACCUACGGACGCUUGUGUCUCCAUGGGGGGCAGUGCCGCGAGAGGCACCAGGGCUUCUCCUGCGACUGCGAGCUGUCUGCAUACACAGGACCCUUCUGCUCUAGUGAGAUUUCUGCGUAUUUUGGAACUGGCUCCUCGGUGACUUACGAUUUUCAGGAAUAUCAUUCCCCAAGCACGAAUGCCAGCUCCCACGCUGCCUCGUUCCAGGGAGAGACGACGUUGACCCAAGAGACAAUCGCAUUCAGCUUCCGAACAGUGCAAGCCCCGAGCCUGCUGCUUUAUGUGGACUCUUUCUACAAGGAGUACCUUUCCGUCAUCCUCGCCAAAAACGGGAGUUUGCAGAUCAGGUACAAGCUGGACACACAUCAAGACCCUGAUGUCGUUGACUUGAAUUUCAAGAACAUGGCAGAUGGGAAACUUCACCACGUGAACAUCAGCAGAGAAGAAGGGGUGGUCUUUGUCGAGGUGAACCAGAAAACUUGGAGACAAGUGAGUCUGUCAUCGGGUACAGCAUUCAAAGCCAUCAAAUCCCUGGUGCUGGGCAGGAUUUUAGAGCCCGGCGGCCACGUGGACGCGGAGACUGCACGGGCCGGCGCGCGGGGCUUCUCCGGCUGCCUCUCGGCGCUGCAGUUCCAGCGCGUGGCCCCGCUGAAGGCUGCGCUGCUUCCAGGGCGCUCCGGGCGCGCCUCGGUGCGGGGCCCCGUGGCCAGGUCGAGCUGUGGAGCUGGGGAGGACGCGGCGCGGGAACGCACGCACGCUCGAGCAGAAUAUCCUGGUCCGGUGGAUGAGGGCAAACCCAUAGCUGGCGAGAGGAGGGGAGACUCCGCAGUGAUUGGAGGUGUGAUUGCCGUUGUGAUGUUCUUCCUGCUCUGUCUGGCUGCCGUUGCCGUCCGCCUGUAUCAGCAGAACUUGUACACACCCAAAGAGGCGCCACCAGAGAGCCACGGCACCAGCGAGGCAGUGCUCCGGCGCGAGCUCAGCGUGCAGAAUGCAGCACAGGGGACCCAGAAGGAGCACUUCGUCUGAGCGGGAACAAGGGGCAACACUUCAUUGCAGUGACUCGGCGCCUCACCAGGGCUCUCCAUGGCCAGAAAUGACCUUUGCAAAUGCAACAGGCUUCAAGGCAGUCAGGCUGCACAGAUGCCCCUCGGAGGGCCUGGGGCCUCGUCCCGAGAGAUUGUCCUUUACCCUCCUUCAUGCCCUUCACAUCACCGUGAGUUAGGCAGCUUCAUAAUCUGGGUUGGUUUCCCAUGCCCUGAUGUGAUUUUACAUGGACGUUUAACCUGCUUAGCGACUGUGAGUUUUGGAGGAAACUUGCUUGAGUUCUGAGCUCUCUGUCACAGUAGGACCUGCAGCUUCACUUGGUCUACACACACAGGCUGCCUAUAGUCAUUGCUAUUGGUUUCCACAGCACCAAGCUUCCUCUUGACUGUGUCUGUUGAAUUUUUAGGUCUUCUUGCGAGCCACAGCCUAGGGGCCAAAAAUCAACAGCCUGUCUGCCUUGCUGUCUGCUGGCCAACGCAAAGUGUUACUCCUCUGUUGAGAUUUUUAUUUUUCGGUUUGUUUGCAUUGCUUUUGUUUAGUUUUUCCUAUUCAGAUGUUCGUGAUGAAUAUGGAAAUGUCUGGUACUAACUGCCAGUCUUCAGCUGUGAAACUGAAAAUCCACAUGGAGCAACACUCUGGAGUUCACCGCGCACGCUCUCUGCUCUGUUUUCUUCUAACGUCACCGAGAGAGACGAGUACUGAUCGUCUGUUCCGGCCUCUCAGCCAUGCCCUGACUCAUGCUGACUUCACAAAGGUUUCUGCUUUCUCUUUUUCAAACUAAGGUUGAAGAGCGGUAGAACCACAAAUUCUUAAUAAUGAAAU